CCAACUCUUCCCCGCCAGCCCAUUGCCUUCGUCGUCGCCCUGCCGCCGGCACCCACCCCCUCGCAAUGGCCUCGCUCCUCCGCCCCAGCCUCCUCAGGCAAGGUCCCGCCGUCGCCGCACCAUCAUCCCGCUUCCUCUCCACCGUCACACGGCAAACAGCUCUCCGCCCGGGAGCUCUCGCUGCUUCAUGGCAGAAGCCGACGACGACGACGCAGCGCGUAGCGGCAUUCCACGCGACGCAGAGGCAGCAGAUUCUCCCGCCGCUGCCGCAGAAGAUCCAGGGUACGGCCAACGAUCCCGUGCCUGUGCCGGCGCCGGAAUAUGUGCAUGGAAGCUAUCACUGGACGUUUGAGAGACUGGUCGCCACAGGUCUCAUUCCCCUCACCAUCGCCCCCUUCGCUGCCGGCUCUCUGAACCCCCUCACCGAUUCGAUCCUCUGCGCCCUCCUCGUUAUCCACUCCCACACCGGCUUCGAAUCCUGCAUCAUCGACUACUUCCCCAAGAACCGCGUCCCCAAGACCCGUGCCGCCGCCAUGUGGGCCCUCCGAAUCGCAACCGUCACGCUGGGCGUAGCUUUGUACUCGUUCGAGACCAACGAUGUCGGCAUCACUGAGGCCGUUUCCAGGCUCUGGCACGCAUAGAGGGACAUUGAAAUGAUUUUCUCUUUGCCUGGCCGUAUCAGGGUAUAGUGUCCGUACUGUGUAUAUCAAUGCAAGAGCGCUGUUAUUCUUGGCAGGGGUUCAGCAAGGGAAAAACCAUCGAAAGUUGGGUUAGUAGAGGAGAUGGGGAAAUUUGAGAGCAGUCGAGGAGAGGGCCAUGCAUGGGUCUUGUGGGGGUUUUCUGUAUUGUAUUAGGUUCAGCUAUAUGCAAUGCCAAUGUUUCGAUUCCGAAGCCGG